CUUGGCAACGGGGCGCUGAAGGAGUGAAUUUUACAGCGCCUUCAGUUUCAAGUCGGUGCGGGAACAUUUAUCGCGGGGAUAUUUUUACAUAUAUUUUAACGACUUCGGAUGAAAAUAAUAACACGAGACUACUUUCUGAAUUAGAAAAAUAAAAAAAAAAGAAUGACUUUUAGGACUCGGGAGCAGCAAUUCACCUGAGCUCGCGCGCGGAGCUCUCGUGAGGGUCGUCAAGUGUGUGCGCGAGCGGUUCGAGAGAAAGAUGCUGAGGAGAUGCUAAAGGCUACGGAGAGUUUCUCUUUCUUUUUUCUUUCUUUUUGCUUUAAUAAACUGUAAACAAAAACAUAUUUGAAAAUAUUUAUAUAUAUAUAUAUAUUUAUUCUGUUCUGUCUAGCUAACAAAAGAGUAACUCAGGACGGUUUAUUUUAUAGACACUGAAUUCCUCUGAGCACAAUGAGGAAAAGCUCGAAGACAAAUUAAUAUUCUUAUUGAGAAAAAACAAAAAGUGAGACUUUCAGUGCAAAUAUGAGCUGUUUCUGCGCCACUCAAGAGGAAUUUUACUGCGAGGUUUUGCUUCUGGAUGAGACGAAGCUCAUUUUAACCUCCCAGCAUCAGGGCAUUAAGAAAUCCACAAAGGCCUGCAUGGUGCUGGAUUACGUGUUCAGCCACGUCAACCUUCUAGAAAGCGACUAUUUCGGCCUGCGCUACUGCGACCGCGGCCAUCAGACGUAUUGGCUAGAUUCGACAAAAACCCUGGCAGAACAUAAAGACCUUAUAGCAACCGGACCGCCGUACACGCUGUAUUUCGGUGUUAAAUUUUAUGCCGAGGAUCCCUGUAAACUAAAGGAGGAAAUAACCAGGUACCAGUUCUUCCUCCAGAUAAAGCAGGAUGUGCUUCAAGGAAGACUUCCAUGUCCUUUCAAUGUCAGUGCACAGAUUGCUGCUCUGGCGAUCCAGUCUGAGCUUGGAGAUUACGACCCGUACAAACACGUGCCAGGCUACGUGUCGGAGUAUCGCUUCGUUCCAGACCAGCAGGAAGACUUGGAGGAUGCUAUCGAGCAAAUUCACAAAACACUAACGGGUCAGACGCCUUCCGAAGCCGAGCUGAAUUAUUUAAGCGUGGCCAAAACACUGGAGAUGUACGGAGUGGACCUUCAUCCUGUGUUUGGGGAAAAGCAGUCCGAAUAUUUCCUGGGGUUGACACCGGUUGGAGUUGUUGUUUACAAAAAUAAAACCCAGGUUGGGAAGUAUUUCUGGCCAAGAAUUACAAAAGUAUUUUUCAAAGAAACCCAGUUCGAGCUGCGCGUUCUGGGGAAAGAUUGCAACGAAACGUCAUUCUUCUUCGAAGCUCCCAGUAAGGCGUCAUGUAAAAACCUUUGGAAGUGUUGUGUCGAACACCACACCUUCUUCAGAAUGCCGGAAAAUGAAGUCAACAUUCUGUCAAGCAAACUGUCCAAAUUCAGCUCUCUUGGCUCCAAGCAUCGUUACAGCGGGAAGACCGCCAUGCAGAUGGGAAAAGAUCAGGGUAUCAGUUUACCCAGGCCGAAUCUGGAGGUGGUUCGUACACGCAGUAAAACUUACCCAAAGAGGAGCACUCAGCCUACAAGCUUGAACAAUGGGAGCCGAUCAGUCACAAAGGCAGGAAAUUCCCUGGGUGAAGGCCAGGCUAAAGCCAGCACACUCCCACCAGCCAGGAGCCCCAAAGUGUCCAAGACGGAGAGCGUUUCAGAGGACCAGCCAAGCAGGCACACGGCCCCCUGGGACGAGAACGCACCACAGAGCGGGUUGUAUAACUCGGCCAGCGAGCGAAACAAAUCUCCCAAAUUCCCGAACACACGCAGACGUUCGCCCUCAGGAGGCAGCGAGAACGAGGUUACGAACUCCUCCAGGCACAGGAAAGGCCAGAGCAGUGAGGAUCCAUCCAGCAAACAGCACCGGAGAAGGUCACGUUCCCGUGGCAACACAAGCAGCGGCAGUGAGUCGGAGAAUUCCAACCGAGAGCAUCGUAAAAAGAGGAACCGAUCCCGACAGGAGAACGAGAUGGUAGAUUCCGGGCCGCAGUGGGAGGCUGUGCUUCGCAGGCAAAAGGAGAAAAACCCGAACGACCCUAACCAUCGUCGCUCACGCCAUCGCUCUAGAUCAAGAAGUCCAGAUGUUCAAGCUAAAGAGCAGCUGUGGAAGCACAUACAGAAGGAGUUGGUGGAUCCAUCCGGUUUGUCAGAGGAUCAGCUGAAGGAGAUUCCAUAUAAGAAAGUAGAAACUCAAGGUGACCCGAUCCGUAUCCGGCACUCUCACUCUCCCCGGAGCUACCGACAGUACCGGCGCUCGCACUACUCCGACGGAGAGAGGUCUGUCCUCUCAGAGGUCAACUCUCGGACUGAUCUGGUGCCUCCGCUUCCUGUUACACGCACCGUAGACAUUACCGGGUCCAGUACUGCCACCUCACAGAAGAAGAAUGGCUCCAAAGACAACCUGUCAGAGAGCUCUGGACAGGAGACAAAAAGCAGCAUCAAGUCAGCGAUAAACCCACACAGCACUCGGGUGAAAAACGAAACAUGACCCCUUUCCUGACUUUCACCACGGAAGGUUAGGCGAGGUAACGGACCAUACUCUGAGACCUGGAAGUAUUCAACACUAAUAAGUGGAAAUAUCAGACGGACAAGAGCUUGUCUAAUAAAUAAGUUAGUGUUCAUUUAAAAAAAAAAAAAAAAAGCCAUUUUGUAGUUGAACGAACAUGAUGACAAGUGUUUUAAAAACCACUCAUUCUAUUCUGACAAUCAGAAGGAUAAUGAAUCAUUUAUAUAGCGAACACUGCACAGUCUUUAAGGUGUUACACAGCACACUGGUUUGGACAUUUUUAUACAGUAUUAAAUAUUCUCGAGCUCGUUAUCGUACAUGUGGAUAUUAUCACACAGACAGAUUUGUAUUUGUGUCCUCUGACCGUAGACUAACUACAAUUUCUGUAGAAAACUGUUGCUGCUGUAAGUCUUUGUAUUGUCUUUCUUUGCUGUUAGGAAAUACACUGGAUAUGUUUAGCUGUAGUUGAGCCGGAGACUCAAUAAAUGGUUUAUAUUUAAAAAGUCUACACACCUUUUGUUAAAAUGGCAAGUGUGCUCAAAAUGUUCAAUCUCAUGUUCCAGAGUAAUCAUCGA